UCGUGGCCAGGCAACUCAUUCUACCUUACUCUGCGCACCUCGAUAAUUCUCAUCCUUCCCCAACGGAAGUGUGUCCACGUGUCGUCAUCGCUACUUCUCGUUGCAUAGCAGAAUCGAUACACCACUCGCUUCUAUUCCGGGUUCUCAGCGACCGACCGACUUCAAUUGACGUCGUAGGGGUCUUCUCGCGCCCACGUCACCCCCGCGUCCCCAGAGGCGCCGACGUUAACGAUUCUUCAUUCCAACUCAUCCUUAACGGCAUUGCACCGAAACAGAGACAGAACCAUGCAUUUCCCACAUUCCUCGACACUUUUUCUCCUUCUCGCAGCUGCGACAGCUCGCGCCGCCGAUGCCGCGACGUCUUCAACGACAACGAGUGCACCAGCAUGUACGGCGGCAUCCAAGAGCGGCAGCGGGGCUUUCUACGACUUGCGGCCGGAUAUCGCCGUCAAGCCGGAGGAGGGCAAGUCGUCAAAGUCAGGCGUCACGAACGAUUAUCAUGCCAGAGGAUGGGACUAUGGUCGCAACUUCACCUUGAACAUUUGCGCGCCAGUCAUUGAGGCACUUGACGACGUAGAAGGUCUGACAAAGAGCGAAUCCAAGAAUGUUAGCGCGUUCUAUGAAUACAAGAAUGAGGUGUACUCCAUUGGGUCAUCAUCCAUGGACAUUCAGACCCGCGGGCGCAUACUCGUCCUGCAAUACAAGAACGGUUCCCCAUGUGGAAAGACAAAAUCGAAACGAUCCAAGGCCCACGACGGGGCUUCCUACAAUAAGUACGCCGAUGAGGAGGAAUCCACGGCUUUGAGCGCCUUUGGCAACACCCAAAAUAAGGUCACUGCCGACAAGGACGACUCAGACUCGACCACACGCCGCAAGUCUGCCACCAUCUCCUUCCACUGCGAUACCGAGCAGGUUGGUGGAGCGGCGCAUAUCUCCUUCGUGGGCUCAGACCCCGAUGACUGCGCGUACUUCUUCGAGGCCCGUUCCCAGCAUGCGUGCCCCAGAGCCGAACCGCAUCAGCCCGGCAGUGUUGGCCCCGGCAGUGUGUUUGCCAUCAUCUUUGUCAUUGCUGUCCUCGUCUACUUCGGAGGCGGCGUGUUCUACCAAAGGACUGUCGCGCAUGCGCGCGGUUGGCGACAGCUUCCCAACUACAGCCUCUGGGCUGGUAUUUGGGGCUUUGUCAGUGACAUGUUCAUUAUCGCGACCUCUUCUUGUGCACAGCUGCUUCCUGGGAGACGCGGAUACAGCCAUCUGUCCGGGUCGCCGAGCAGAGGCCGCAACCGUGAGGAUGAGAACCGACUGAUAGACCAGCUGGAUGAGGAGUGGGACGAUUGAGGUCGCUAGGCGUGGGGUUGUAUCAUAAGCAUUUGAGCAUCAACUUUCCCUUGAUUUACACAGAUUGCGAUUGCGUGUUGGAGCUGCGGGAUUCUUUUCAGGGGAUGUAAGUGAGUCGCAGGCAACCACCCUAGAUACCCCGUGUGAAGACUGCAUAGACGAUUCAUGAUGUUCGCGCAAGUAGGGUGCUGUCUGCUCGAUUUUCUUUUGUGUCACGCAGUGCUGGCUACACUUGGCGGCGCUCGAUUUGGUGCCC